AUGGAGCCCUCGUUGGUUGCGUCAUUAGUGGCGCAAUCGAUUAAUUAUCAUGGCCAGCAAUUACAAAAGUCGUGGGAAAAUGAAAGAGGAGAAGAUGAUCUUACCAAGGUCGGUGUUGGAGCUCUGGACUUUGCUGUCUACCAGUCCCGGCACAAGCACCUUACUUUUCAAGAUAGGGCCAAAAGGUUGAAGCUCCAUCAAUUCAUUGCCAAAGAAGCAAAUUCGUUGUUCGACUCAUCUUUGCUAGACGAAAGUCCGUCAUCAUCGAGUUUAGUAGGAGUAGAGGCUACCGCACCUGAAGACAACCUUUAUGCUUUGAUGCCUCCAUUUGAAACCUUCCUUAAUGUUGAUAAGUCUGCAAGGCUGCGUCAUUUUUUUGAUAAUGUGAAAACUGGAGAGUUGAUUAUUGGAGCUGUCAUCAACAGAACAGCAUCUGGGAUGAUGUUGAAAGUCCUUUGUACUGCAGGGCCUACCUCAAGAUAUGUUGCUGAUAUUAAUGUAAAGGCAUUUCUACCAGUGUCCAAUAUCAUACCGGCUGUCGACAAGAAAAAUGUCUCAAGAAACUACUUAAUGAAUGACACAGUUUGCUGUGAAGUGAUUGAAGUGAUCCCAGACACGGACAAAAUGGUGUGCGGCAUGAAGGGAGUCACUAGAGGCCCUGAUGAUCCACCGCCUAAGCCCCCUUUAGGCCUCCUGAGCACGGAUGACUUCCCUCUUAUUUACAAGAAAACCAUGGAAAUGAAGGGAGAAAGCUAUGAAGCCAUUUUAGAGAAGAGUCCGGGCUUCAAUAACCCAAACUGCGUACAAUAUCUGUCAGAUCUUCUGGGACUGUCAAAUAUGCACUGCACCAACUUCAUGGCUUUAAGAGGGGGAUUCUCUACAACAGAAUACGCAGAUGAAUUACGACAGGCACAAGCAAGCAAAUGGGCUUUCCGGUCAGUGGCUGAAGGAAUAGAACAUUUCAAGGCUGGCAGGCAUUCAGAAGCUUUCCAAUGCCUUAACAAAGCCCUGAGUAUUGACCCUAGGAAUGUUGAAGGAUUAGUUGCACGUGGAGCCUUGUAUGCCAAUAGUGGAACAUUCAAAAAAGCUAUAGAGGACUUUGAAACAUCAUUGAAGCUGAAUCCAAACCAUGCCAAUGCACGAAAAUAUUUAGGGGAAACUUUAGUGGCAUUAGGGAGAAGUUACGAAGAUGAAAAUAAAAUUGCAGAAGCCCAGAAGGCUUACGAGGACUGUCUGGCGAUCAUUCCCUUUCAUGAGGAGGCCCAGAAUUCCCUUGACUUCUUGAAGAGUAAGACAUCGUCAGUCAAACCACUGAUAGAGCCUACAGAAUUGCUUCUCCCUGGAUUGACUGGUGCUAAGUCAUUUGAAAUGAAGGAGACGUUGAAGCAGUUGUUGAAUCUAACAGAGAAAAAAGAUAAGAAAAAGAAGAAGAAACGUGGGAAGGGUAAGAAGAAACGAUCGAGCAGUUCGUCGUCAUCAUCGAGUGACUCCAGCAGCUCGAGUGAUUCCUCUGAAUCGUCGUCAUCGUCGUCUGACUCUAGUGAUUCAGAAGGGCCAAAGAAGAAAAAGCGUCGUUCCCAAUCCAACAACAAGCGGCAGAGGUCUCUAUCGCCUCUCAGCAAGAGAAUGGCAAUGUUGGGAGAUGGGGACACAGCGAGAACCCACAACUCUCAGUUCAACCAUCCCUACGGGUACCAGCCGCCGCCGCCACCAGCUGAAGAACAGCCCCAGAUGAGGUCGCAGGCCGAUAUCGACUAUGAGCUUAAGGUACGCAAAUUCCUUGAAAUGACCAAAGAAGACUCAGAAUAUGAAGACAAAGUACGCAACUUUUUGGAAGAGACUGCUCAAUACAAACGGAAUCGUAAAAUGCAAGAGCUUGGACAACAGCCGCAGCCCACAGCUGACCAUGACAAGAAGAAGAAGAAAAAGAAAGACAAAAAGAAGAAGAAAGAGUCGAAGCGCAAACGUAAAGAACAAGAAAGAGAGGAGAAGAGAAAGUCCAAGUUGGCGCGUACAGCGAGUUCGGAUUACAAUAUGCGGGAAUUGGAGAAUAUUGGUGAUAAAAAACUUAGGGAUGCUAUCAGGAAAGAACUAAAGGGCAAAUCUAAACGCGAUUUGAGCUCGGAGGGCGAAUUUGAUAGAAAACAUGAGAAGAACCGAAUGCUAGACGACAUGCAUGGCCUGGAGGAACUGGAGUCCAAGUUGAAUGCUUACCACUCCAUGGUGGAGAAGGAAGUCCUUGGGAAACGAGACCGUUCCUCUCUUAGUCCCAUUGACCAGGCCCCACUACCACCACUGGAGAAGCCAAAGUGGAAGAUGACUAUGGGUGCUGUGAAGGAGCCAACUAAAAAGAAGGAAACGCCGACACAAAAGGGCUACAAAGAGCGCUACGCCUUUGAAGAUAGCUCGGAUGAGUCACAAGAUCAUAGGGGCUCCCCCAACGACAAGAACUUGUCAGUUCGGCGUGCGAUGGCCAUGAAGGAGCCUCCGCCUUUGCCCACUGCACCUCCGCCAAAGAGCCGAGAGCCAGACCCGCCAGGCGUUGACCCUCCGCACUCUCAUCACUCGCAUCAUCAACAUCACGUGCCGCCGGUGCGCAAAGGAAACAUAGUACUCGACAAGUUCGGGUCAUUCCGUUUGGCUCAAGAAGGUGAAACGCCGGUGUCAGUCGGGGAGCAGCGACCCGAACAAUUCGUGACUCGGAUCAAACCACCAUCGCCCACAUCUAGGCGCCCUAGAUCUCCGCCAUCGCCUAGGCGCAGAAGUGGUUCCAACUCCUCUGAUGAUAGGCACUCGAAGAGAUCUCGAAGCAGAUCCCGACCACGCAAGUACAGAUCAAGAUCCGGUUCUCGCUCCAGGUCUGGAUCCAGCCAGAGUGGGUCCAUGGCGUCCCGUCGCCGUCGUUCGGGCUCUCCGCGAUCCCGCUCCCGUUCUGAUGCCAGCCGCAGUUAUUACUCGCGAAGUCGGUCUCGUUCGCGCUCUGCUUCUAGAGACAGAUUUCCUCGCCGAUUUAACCGUCGUGGCAAUUGGCGUGGCCGUGGGGGCUACGAGCGUGGGACUUACUAUCGCCCUCGUUUCAACGCGUACAAUGGCGGUGGAAGGGGCAGAGGCCGAGGAGACUUCAGGAGAGAUGAUGGACGCCGGUUCAACCCCGAAUGGAGAGAUAACCGCUCGAGGGGUGGAAGGCCUUUUAGACCCAGGAGAGGGGGAGGCGGACGUGGCCGACCUUUCAGGGGCGGAUUCCGUGAUUUCCGCGAUAAUAGACGCGGCGGUGGACGUUACUCGCGUUCUCGCAGCCCUGAUCGUACUCGUCGUUCUCGCUCUUACAGUCCGGAAAGGAGGGACAAGGACAGAGAUAGCUACUCUCGUUAUUCGGAACGCGGCAGUCACCGUAGUGAAGGUGAAUACGAAGAAGAGAGGUACGUCGAUAGGAAGGAGUAUGACGGCAAGUGGGCAGAUGGUAAUGAACCUGACAGGAACCACACUGAGGAACAACCAGAACCACCCCCGCCAAAGGAAGAUAUCUAG